UUACAAAGUCCACUCACUCACUUCAUCACCGAAUUAUCGAAUCCUCCACACACACACACACACUAGUAUAUUUACGGAACCUCCGUUCUCAAUCAUCAUCUUCCACCAUGGCCGUUCGAACCCUACUGAGCAAAAAAACCCUAACCACCGUCCUCCGCAAUGAUCCAAAGCCAAUCGGAGCAGCCAUAACUCAAUCCCGUGGCUUACAUGUCUUCACACUCCCCGAUCUCGCUUACGACUAUGGCGCUUUGGAGCCUGUCAUCAGCGGCGAAAUCAUGCAGAUUCACCAUCAGAAACAUCAUCAGACUUACAUUACCAACUAUAACAAAGCGCUUGAACAGCUUCACGAUUCUGUUGCCAAAGCUGAUUCAUUAACCACCGUUAAGCUUCAGAAUGCUAUCAAGUUCAACGGUGGAGGUCAUAUCAACCAUUCUAUUUUCUGGAAAAAUCUGGCUCCUGUUCGUGAAGGAGGUGGUGAACCACCAAAGGAAGCCCUGGGAUGGGCCAUCGACACAAAUUUUGGUUCUUUAGAAGCGUUGAUACAAAAGGUUAAUGCAGAAGGUGCGGCUCUUCAAGGGUCUGGAUGGGUGUGGCUUGCUCUUGACAAAGAAUUGAAGAGGCUUGUGGUUGAAACCACUGCAAACCAGGACCCAUUGGUUACUAAAGGAACAAGUUUGGUUCCAUUGCUUGGUAUAGAUGUUUGGGAACAUGCCUACUACUUACAGUACAAGAACGUCAGACCAGACUAUUUGAAGAACAUUUGGAAAGUUAUUAACUGGAAAUAUGCCAGUGAAGUGUAUGAGAACGCUUUCUAAAGUGCUGCUUGGUGUGGAACUUGAGAUGACAGGUUUGCAGCGCGGUCAGAGAUGGAAUAAAAUAAUGUGAAGUGAUAGAUAAGACUUUCCUUAGGGCGCAGGUCAUUUUCUAAGAAAACAGUUUAUGUACUUAACUUUAGAACCUCGAGUGGUAUAUGGCUGCAUUCCUUGUAGUAAAAUACCUGUGAUUUCCUCGUGCCUUAUGGAUUUUAUAUUAAGACAAGACAAGAUUUUAUUUUUUGCUUCUAGGGUUUACUACUUUGUUUGAAUGAGAAUCUUGUGCGAAAUCCUGCCUCCCUGACCAUGUUUCUUUUGUGAGAUGAAUAAGUCGGAGUUA